GAACAGCCCAUGUCAACUGCUCCGCGGCCCCAUCCCGUUACCAGGGAAACAAAGGGGGGGGGGGGGCAAGGCAACUCCAGUCCAGGCCCACAUGGGGUAGCCUAUGUGCCUGUUUCAAGUUACGCUGAGCUCCGUCUGGUUUCCCCUUCCACUGCUACGCUGCGGAACACUUCCGCACAGUCGGCCCGCCCGCAGUAGUCUGCCAGCCGUCAGCGGAGAGAGAAUGGAGUCCUCCGUAGCCGCUGCGGACCGUGUGUUCGCCGCGGAGGCCAUCCUUAAGCGCCGCGUUCGGAAGGGACGUAUCGAGUAUCUUGUGAAGUGGAAAGGAUGGGCCAUAAAACACAGCACCUGGGAGCCCGAGGACAACAUUCUAGACGGCCGGCUCGUGUCCGCCUUCGAGCAGAAAGAACGGGAACAGGAGAUGUACGGACCAAAGAAACGAGGACCCAAGCCCAAGACCUUGAUGCUGAAGGCUCGGGCCCAGGCAGGGGCUAGUUCAUCCCGCAUCCUUCCUCUUCGACAGCAACAGCAGCCUCCAAAAUCUUCCCCCAGACCUGCCUCUUCAUCUUCAUCUUCCUCAUUUCCAUCCUCCUCCUCUUCCUCUUCCUCUCUGUCCAACGCGAAGCUGCAGUCGGGUGCCGCGCAGCCCAAGCUGAAGAAGGACAUCCACCGCUGCCACCGCAUGUCCCGCCGACCCCUGUCCCGCCCCGAUCCCCUCUCCCAGCCAAUGGGCUCCUCCGGUCCGCUCACCGCCCGCCCCCCCUCCUUCUCCGAGACGGUGCGCAUACUCAACCGCAAGGUCAAGCCCCGGGAGGUCAAGCGAGGUCGCAUCAUCCUCAACCUCAAGGUCGUUGACAAGCCAGCAGGUGCCGGCAAGCCCCCGGCCACCCAGAGGCCUCAGGUGCAGCAGCCACAGCAGCCCAACCCCGCUCACCAGCCGUCGCAGGCCGGUCGGCAGACAGUUCCGUCCCGGAACCGCAUCAUUGGGAAGAGCCGUAGAUUUGGGGAGGUUCCUUACCGAGGGCUUCCGGCGCCGCUGAAAGUGCCAACGUUCCCCCCGCCCCCCAGGAGGACUCUGGGUGCCCACCAGACGAACUCUGACCCGACGCGAACCCAGCCGGGCGGAACCGGCGCCGCGGGCCCCAGCGAUCCGUCUGCUCUCCCCACUAGGCCCCCGCCGGCGGGUUCAGACCGCACAGGACCCAAAGCUCCCCCCCCCCCCGAACACUUGCCCCCCCCCAGCUCAGAGGGGUCCAGGGCUGGCCCCCCGCCCUCUUCACCCCUAACUCAGCACCCCCCCCUGAAGGCCCCCCCCCGAGCGCCCAGGCCCCCGUCCGACCCCCCCUCGUUCUUAGACCCUGAGGACACACACACGCCGGCCGACUCUUUGUCGCCGCCACCCUCCUCCUCUCCCUCCUGCUCGUCUUCCUCGGAUGACGGCGUCCAGAUCCUGGACCUGUCGCUGACACACGACACCGAGAGGAGUCGCCCUGACGACCACCACCACCACCGCCGUUGCCAGAACGACUUCUCCUCGGAGCCCCAUCACCACGGCAACCUCUCAGGGCAGGAGGGCGACCCGGACUGGCACCCGGAGAUGACGGUGCGCUGCGCCAACGUGGUCGUCACUGACGUCACCACCAACCUGCUCACCGUCACCAUCAAGGAGUUCUGCCCGCCUCCCGGCAACGCCACGACGACCAGCGCCACGGCGACCUGCCCUGCAGCAUCUCCACAGCAAGCAAUACUGCCCCCGCAGGCCGAACCCUUCAUCGUUGUUAUUUUGGCCGCCGGUAUGGUGGCCUUUGUCGGCGCGGUCAUCUGCAUCAUUGCUGCCGUUCACACCGGAUCGCCGUCCGCCGCCGUGGCUCAGCCACUGGCCAACAACCAGUCGCUGUCUCCGGACGCGGGCGCGCAGACUCUCACCCCGGGGUCUGUGCCUGCGCGGGCCGGACCUGUGGACGCUCUCCAUGGUCCUGAAGCCAACGGCGGAGAGCCGGGGAGCGUGGAGACGCCGACCUUCUACACGGUAACCGGCACCACCGGAGGCGGCGCGGGAAGACAGGUGACGUACAGUCGUCUUAUCUGCACCCCGAUCCCCGCUGGGGAAUGUAAGCCCAAAAACUUUCAGCAACAACAAGCGGACGACCCGACGCUGUACGCAGGCGAGGACUGGGGAUACCUGCGCACCACGGCCGACGAGCUCCGCCAGACCGUGCUUCAGCAGGAGGACGAGAUUCUCACGGACCAACGGACCAUUCGCGAGCUGACAGGGAAGCUCAAAGAAUGCGAGAGGGGGGACGUGGUGGUGGUCGGAGUCGGCGGCCCCGGGAGGAGCGCGGGAAUGUGGGGCGGCAAACGGAGCGAGGAUGACCACAUCAUGGCGCGAGACGAGGCGCCAGCUGAGAUGCUCGCUGCCCGCGCCGUUCAGGAGCUGGAGCGAGCCAUCAAUCAGCUGAAGGGCCGCAUUGAGAAGCUGGAGUCGGAGAUGGGACCUCAUGCUCACAAUCACACAUCCACAAGCCAUGCAGCCGUGCUCCCGUCGGGCGGGGCCUCUAGCGCCCCCAGCGGCCGUGCGGGGGACGCGCAGCUGCAGGUGGAGAACCUGGAGGGAGAGCUGGAGAAGAAGAUAGGCCCGGCGUACGCCCUGGUGAGAUCCUCCAUCCCGGUGCUCCAUGCCCUCACCGUCUGCUUCUGGCUGCGCCCGCUGCACGCCCGCCUGGGCACCCCGCUGUCCUACGCCGUGCCCGGGCAACCCAACGAGCUGGUGCUGCUGCAGGGCAAACAGCAGCCGCUGGAGCUCAUCGUCAACGACCAGGUGGCGCCACUGCCUCUGAACGUGUCUGUGGGCAGGUGGCAGCACAUCUGUGUGAGCUGGCACAGGAGGGGGGGGCAGUGGAGGGCCUACCAGGACGGAAUGCUGCGCGGCGAGGGGAAGGGGGUGGCCCCCGGUCACUCCAUCCGCUCAGGAGGGGCCCUCAUACUAGGACAAGAGCAGGAUAUUGUGGGAGGUGGGUUUGAUGCCAGCCAGGCUCUGGAGGGCGAGCUGUCUCAGCUGAACCUAUGGGACCGCACUCUGAGGCCAGCCGAGGUGUCCGCCCUGGCCCACUGCACCAAAGUGCUGCUGGGAAAUGUAGUUCCCUGGAGAGAGCAGGACCUGGAGGUCAACGGAGGGGCCACCAAGGACCCCGGGGAGCCCUGUGCCAUCCAACACACCAGUGCCAAGGAGUGAGAGGCUCAUGAGGAGGUGCCCGCCAGGCUGGCAUCAAGCUCCGAAGCGCCACGGGGACUGGACAGGGCAUGCGGUGGGUGGCUGGAGGAGGUCAUGGUUGUUUUCUUUAAUGAGGUGAAAGAGGAGGAAAAAAUAAGGAGGUGUGAAGAGAUUAAUUUCACAAGCUGACUCUCAUGAGAGAGUAAAGAAGUGAUUUUUUGUGUCUUUGUUUUGAGUUUGCUUUCUUUGAUUGUGAACGUCCCGUUCGUGCGGUUCUUUGGUUUUAUCUCUCUCUCUCUUUUUGUAUUCCGGCCCAUGCUCUGCGGUCUUAACAGACUCCAGUUGUGUUGGCCUCUUUAAUACGUGACGUGUCACAGAAAGUGGUUGUGCAGAUUGUUUAUUUGUUUUGUUUAUCACUUUGUUUGUAACUAUUUCCAGGUUUACAGCCGUGUUGUUUUAUACAUGAUGUAAUCAGUUCAAACUGCACAAUCUCUGAAGUGUGUGUAUCCAUCACAGCACAGUUUUAUACAGUUGCCAUUAUAUGCUCUUUUACAGAAGCCUUGAGCUGCCAUUCAUGAACUCUUUAUUUUUGACCCCAUUUUGGCAUUUAGUUGAGUUAUUUUACUUUCUUUUCUCGAGAUCUUAGACUUAUCUAUGUCAUCGUCCGAGAUAACGAAACAUUGUUUUCCCGAUAUAAUGACAAAUUAAUUUGACAUCACAAGAAAACAAUGAUUUUUUUCCAGUGAUAA